UUGGGCGGCCUGCCACAGGAAAUCACGCAGUUUCAAGUGCCUGAUGUUGUUCCCCAGGCGGGCAGGGUGACGGUGUGGCCGUGGUAGGUUUGUCACUGUACCCCUGUGAGAGCCGGGAGUAAGGAUAUAAAGGCAGGGAAAGUGCCCAUCUCAGGCUGCAGCACCCUGAUGUCAUGUCUGGGCCAUCAGGUUUGUGGUGCUCCAGCUGGGUGGGCUGUGAGGUAGCAGCCACCACACCGGUUAGCCCUCUGCCAUUUAGUUCUCUGUGGAGAAUGUGCUAGGCCUGGUGAAAUAAACCUGAGAAUGAGUUCAGGCUUAAGGACACACACUAGUCCAUAAUGCUCAUGAGACAUCUGCCCUUAGCACAGAUCUCCACUCCUGUUUCGUCAGUUCAAGGAAGGCUGUACUGCACUGAGCUGAGCAAAAGGCUGCCAGGAUGGCUAAGGAUGUCCUGUAGCAUGGCUGUUGAAGAGGACUGGUUUUUGGAAGAAAAAAGAUUCAAGCAGUACUGUGAAGAAUUUGUUAAGCAUUCACAGCAAAUAGGGGAUGGCUGGGAGUGGAGAACUACCAAGGACCUUGGUGAUGGUUAUCUCAGUAAAACACAUUUCCAAGUAACAAAUAAAAGCAUCUCACCAGAUCUCAAGAAGAAAAAUGAUAGCAUUGAACAAAUGUUGCUUACGCAUGUUGAAGAAUCUUCGGAUGAUUCUCAAGUAGCUGGAGUCUGUGCAACAGAAGAAGUAAUUCGCUAUGAAUAUCAUGUCUUGUAUUCCAGCAGCUACCAAGUACCUGUGCUUUAUUUUAGGGCUUGCUUUUUAGGUAAGACCCAUUUUCUGUUAGACAGUAAUGUAGAAAAAAUGUCAGAUGCUAUAGAUGUUAAAAACUCAAAUUUUAUAUUAAGCAGAGAAACAGAGUAAUGAUCAUGUGUAAUAAGAAAGUAAGAGAUGAGGCUGUUCACCAGUAAAUUUUGUAAUACUCCAGACAGAGAGCUUCAGGACCUUGGAAUAGAUGAUAUCAUCUCAGCCUGAAGGAGGCUGAACUUUGGCUCCUGGCAUCUUGCCUGUGGUUGACUAAAACUACUGGUCAUUUUUCUUGCUCUGUUCUUUAAAUGAAUACAAAAACCUUAAAGCUGCAGGUCUGAAUUUGGCUAUGAAAUAAGUGGACAUAAUUACAGUGCUUCAGCAGAACUGUGUCUGUGUCUCUGAAGCCUGAAUUUGAGUCCCAAGGCUGGGGUCUAAGUAUACCUUUAAAUAUGUCUGUUGUUUUCCAUUUAACUUUGCUCAUUUAAAAAAAAAAUUAAAAAAUAGUAGUGAUAAAGUAUUGCCUUUUUCUCUCUAUGAAAACUGUUUUUUGAAACUAACAGAUAUUUUUUCCUCCUAAAAUGUACAUCUUGUUAUGCGUUACUGAAUUGCUUCAGCCACUGUGAUUUCAGUCACCAUCCUGUCAGGAAGGAAGGAGGAACACAGAGCCUCCCUCCAAGGCCAACGUUAGUGUCACUUAUUUAAUCAGCAAGCAUAGAGUGAUCAUACUGCAGCACUGGCUGUGCUUUCUUCCUCUGUACCCAGUGACUGUGUACCAAGGGCUGAGGGACUGAAAUCUUCAAGUCAUUUUGUUCAGUCUCCUGCAUGGUAGCAUCAGCAUCUUUUGUGUUUUGAAUAAUCUCCUAACUUUAUCUAGAUAAAGAUGUCUGAAUGUUGCCAGAGAUAUCUUUUUCUUUUUAAUUAAAAAGUAGCUUAAGCUGCUUUGAAUGUGUUUGGUAGAUUUAAUCACUCUCUGCCUUAUAUUGUUUAAUGGUUUCUAAUUUUGCAGUGUUAGCAUUUUAAAAGGCACUUUAGAUUUAAAAUUGAAGAACAAAUUCUCAUAGGUUCCCUGGUGAAAAGAUUUUAGUUGGAGGUGCAGUUUCACGAAUGGAUAAUUUGGGGCAAAUUUUCAAACUGAGACAUAGGGAAUAGGGGACAUUGCUCUGCCUUCUACCACCAGAAGUCAUUUGCACACCUCCUGCUGCAAAUUUCUAUUCUAUUGCAAGUGUUUAUAAAUGUGCAGUGUUUUGCUUUUAAACGUAUUGUGGAGACAGAAGGAUGAGGGAAGUUUUGCUUGAAAGAGACAGAUUAACCUAUUUGUGGUCCUGAAAAAUGUCAUCAUCUUGGUUUUAGCUGAAUUAAUAGCACACAGUUUCUACAGAAGAGGAUGGAGAUGCUGCAGGUAGAAGAAAUAGGACACUAUUUCGACUGUACUGUACUUUCAUAUAAUUAGUAUUCACCAUAAGCAGUUAAUCACCAGAGAAGAGCUCCCAGAGACAAAACAAGUUGUUUAGCUUGUCAGCAUCAGGGAAUCGGAGGUGUUGAAACAUGACUCCUUAUAUCUGGAAGUGGAUAUUACAGAAGCUAGUGGAUGAUCUAAUGCACAGUCGUAGUAUUAUGUGCCAACAGCUCCCCUUGCAGUACAAAUCUGUUAUUGUUCUUGCAAGUAAGAUUAUGGUUUAAAAUGCUUCUUGGGAACCUUUCACAAUGGAAAACAAUGAUCUUUUCAGAUAAUUCGUAAGGUCACCUAGCCUGUCUUUCAUAUUUAUCAUUUUCUUCUAGCACAUAAUAUUCUCUAACUCAUCAAGAGAGAAGGUUACUAAAUACUGGUAUUAAGUGCUUCUCCAAGACUAUUUUCAGAUAAUAUUCUCUGGUUUUAGUUCUGGAUAGUUUAGUUUUGAACACAAAGCAUUCAGUCAUAACUUCAAAUAAUUUACCUGCCUGUGUCCGUGCUAUCUGAAGGCCCCAGAGCGGAGUUUCAAGAAACGUGCAGUGACAGCCACCUGAGCUAUCUGAGAAAGGUAUCUUUUGUCUUGCCCUGAGUCUAUUAUGUGGGAAACUCUAAUAUUUGUUUCCUUACAAGGGUCACAGUCUUUCUGGGAUAGGCUCCUCACCGUGUUUCUUGGACAGCUAGAAAUACUCACAGCAUUCUUUGUCUGAAAUUGACAGGGAAGAAUCUUCUGAGACCUGCAUCGAUUUCCCACUCUAAAUUCCUGCUAUUGUUUGCAGAUUAACUAGCAGAAUGGGUUCUUCACAGGUCUCUUGUGAGCUACUCAUGGUUUCCCUUGAAUCCUGUCCAUACUGAUCCUCAUGCUAAUUAGAGCAUGUUGCAAGAGGUGAAGGUGAGUUAUAAUCCUUUCAGUGUUUUCACAGCCCUGCCCUGUCUUGUCUUCCCCAGCAGAAGAGCAGGGAGGCUGGAUUUAACACUCUGCUUCCUCUCUGGCGGUAUGUUAAGUGGCCAUUACAACUCGAGGCUUGCCUAGGAAAUAAUAAUUUUUCUGCUCAACCUGACUAAGUAGUUUUGCUUGUUUUGCAGUAUUCACUUCCUCACUUUGUGUGCUACAAUAGCAGCUGGUGCUGGCCUGUCCAAAUGUGCAGUAUUCCAAAUAGACUCUGAGAACUUUUCUAGAACAAUUAAAUCCUUUUUUUCUUCCAUCAUAUGUGAAUUUUCACUGACUUCAGGAGAAACUCUUAGGAAAAAGACUUCAGAAAAUAUUCCUGAGGAGUUUUUUUUCCUAUCCUCCUUGGCAGGGUUUGCAUCUUCAGGAGCUUGUGUAAGUGAAGACGUCUGGUUUUCACUCCUUUCUGCUAGCAAGGAGUGCUAAAAAAAAGAAGGGAUUAAAAAAAUUGCAGGUCACUUCUUCCUGGAGAAAGGCAAAAGAUGCAAAGCUACAUUGUAUCAUUAUCCUUGUUGCUUUUAAAAUUGCAUCUUAUGACUUAUUUUCUGGUAUUCAUCUUUAGGUCACCCCCACCUCGCCCCCUUUUUUUCCAUUGUUCAGAGAAAGUUAAAUAUGUAAGGUAGUACAAGGUACGAGUACAAUUGCAGAACUAAAAUGUUCUGAAAAGCAUCGGAACUUUUUGGUAGUCUCUGGGAACAGGUUUGCAGGGAUAAUCUUGUUCUGUGCAAGGACAUACUUCAACUGAAAAUGAUGAAACGUGAUGAUUGCCUGGAGGAAUGAUUGAAAACAUUGUGGGAGAUGAGAAGAUGAUUUUAGGAUACAUACACAUACAUCUAAGAAAGUCCUAGUCUCUGUCAGGAGCUCAGGGCAGUGGUCUUCCUCACCUCACAGUGUCAGAGAACUACGUGCUUGUUCUCCAAAAUCAGUUUUAUCUAUGCCGUACCUUUCAAGAACGGGGGCCAUUCUUUCUCCGGCGUCUGAGAUUACCAAAGAGGUAGCUGAAGAAAUGCAUGAACCCUUGCUGAGAUCUGAUGUCAGCAAUUAGCCCUCUUAGAGACAGAUGGUCUAGGCAAUUAGCCUUUCCCUUCAGUGCUGGCAUCAGCCAGAUGGGCUGGGCUAGGUCCAGUAAGCUUUCUUUAAUCAGCAGAGUAUUUUCCCCUUUUCUUCAUCUUUAAGAUGUCAAGGAACUUUGUUCUUUUCCUGAACCUUCUUCAUCUAAAGCCUUACAUUUAAGCAACUCUUGCACUGACAGUGAGGUAGCAGUAACAAAUUCACAGGUGAACACAGGCAUGAGUCAGGAAACACCCUGCAAGAAAAGAAUGACUUGUCUCAGUUUGCUUCUUCUUUUUCCUACAAAGGCAGAGGAAUCGUUAAUAGUGGCAAAGCACCAAAAAAGAGCAGGACUAAUGGGAGUCAGUAAAGACUACAGCCUCACUCACCUAGAAAAGAGCGAAGAGAGGGGAUUUUCAAAUUGACAUGUUCAAAAUAUGUCUAGUUCUCUGAAAUAGAUAGGUCCCUGACAAUAAAAGCCAUGUUAAUGAGUAUUGAGAGAGAGACAGCUUGUGAGAUAAUGUAACUUCCUCCAACCCCAAAGGCGUGACUUUCUGUAUUCAUAACAAUGCUAAGCCUGAUGGAUGCGCUUUCCAGAAAUCAGGCGUACUCUCUGAAGUCAGAAGCAUGCAACAACUCUGUUCUUUCUCAGAAAAAUAGUUCUUCUUAAGACCUUGUCCUGUAAGAAUGAAUCGUAUCAUGGUUUUGGCCAUAAAAAAUAAAUAAACAAAAACAAAUUAAAAAGCCCAUCUGCUUUUAAACUAUUCCUAACUAGCUUACGAUGACAUGAGUAAGUCAACCCCAGCUCAUUUCAACACGCCUUUCUCAGUAAAGUUUAUUAUAGCCAAGACAAUCUAAACCAUAGUGAUGUGAGCUUCCAACAGGAAGGCUGUAGUGGCUGGCGCAAUUGAACCAAUUGAUUCAAGCCCGCAGCUAGUGAAUGGCAGAGGCAGAACCAAUAUUUAGGAGUUUUUUUUUUUCCUGUC